AUGCGCCUGCCGCCGGGGGAGACCGCGCUGCUGCCUCUGCGCGCUUCUCUGAUCGCCACAGCCGCCACUUACUGCCUGCUGCUCUUGCAAGUGGACGCCUAUUUCGGCCUGACCGGAAAAGAAACCUUGAUUCAGUUUCCACUGCUGGGAUCUUCAACAAAUCCUGCACAUUGGAAGGCUCACUUGAAGCAAUGUGAUCUGCUAAGGCUUUCCCAGAAGCAAAAGAGGCUCUGUCGUCGGGAGCCAGGGCUGGCUGAGACUUUACGGGAAGCCGUUCAGCUUGGAGUCCUUGAGUGCCAGUACCAGUUUCGCAAUGAGCGUUGGAACUGCAGCCUCGAUGGGAGGGCGAACUUGUUGAAGAGAGGUUUCAAAGAAACAGCAUUUCUCUAUGCAGUGUCUUCAGCAGCAUUAACUCAUUCCCUUGCUCGAGCAUGCAGUGCUGGGCGAAUGGAGCGCUGUACCUGUGACGAUUCACCUGGCCUAGAGAACCGCAAAGCCUGGCAGUGGGGUGUGUGUGGUGACAACCUCAAGUAUAGCAUCAGGUUCCUGAAGAACUUCUUGGGCCAGAAGAAGGUUGGGAAAGAUCUGAGGGCCAAGGUGGACAUCCAUAACACCAACGUGGGCAUCAAGGCUGUGAAAAACGGCCUGAAGACCACUUGCAAGUGCCAUGGUGUGUCUGGCUCAUGUGCUGUGAGAACUUGCUGGAAACAGUUGUCUCCUUUCCACGAGACAGGAAAGCUCCUGAAGCUACGCUAUGAUGGUGCUGUCAAAGUCUUCAGUGUCACCAAUGAUGCUAUGGGACAAUCAGAGCUGGUGAGCCCCCAACAUCAUGGCCACUUAGCUAAAGGUCCUACUACUCCACGCCCCACUGAUCUGGUUUAUAUGGAAGAUUCUCCUAGCUUCUGCCGAUCUAGCAGGUAUUCAGUCGGCACGGCUGGAAGGACGUGUUCCCGUGAGGCCAACUGUGACAGUAUGUGCUGUGGCCGGGGUUACAAUAUCCAGACACACAUUGUUACCUUCUCUUGCCAUUGCCAAGUGCAAUGGUGCUGCUAUGUGGAAUGUCAGCAGUGCAUGCAGGAAGAAGUGGUUUACAGCUGCAAGCAAUAA